UUGGAGGAUAUUUAUGUUUAAUCUAUUUUUUCUUUCGGUUGUGUUGUGUGUUCCCUUUUUAUGUUGCCAUCAAUGUUAAUGGUAAUGGCCUCGUCUUCAUUUUCUUCUUCUUCUUCUUCUUCCCCUUGGUCCAUCCCCUCUCCCUCUUCCACCUUCACCUUCACCUUCACCUUCACCAACCAUUUCUAGGGUUCUCUUUCCGAUUUGAUUCAUCUUCUCUCUCCUUCCUUAACAUAAGAUUUGCCCUUUCUCUUUCCCUUUUUUCUUUCAAAUCUUCGAACCCUGAUCCCCCUCUUUUCUUUUACCCCUAUUUUAGUCUUAUUUUUUUUUAAAAAAAUUAUAUCCUCAACCCUAGCCAAUUCGAAAUUCUGAAAUCUGUUUUGUUUUGGAAUUGCUUGCUUCCUUUUGAUAUCUGUCAACUCCUCUUUUGUUUGGAAUCUUCAUGUGCAAUUGAUUGCAGAUUUUGGUGUUUUAGUUUGCCAACAUGUCAAUGAGUGAGCGGAAGACUAUCGACCUAGAACAAGGAUGGGAUUUUAUGCAGAAGGGUAUCACGAAGCUCAAGAACAUUCUAGAAGGCUUGCCUGAGCCUCAGUUCAGCUCUGAGGACUAUAUGAUGCUAUAUACGACCAUCUACAAUAUGUGCACUCAAAAGCCUCCUCACGACUAUUCUCAACAACUGUAUGACAAGUACAGAGAGUCCUUUGAAGAGUACAUCCUAUCUACGGUAUUACCUUCUUUGAGAGAGAAGCAUGAUGAAUUUAUGUUGAGAGAACUUGUGAAGAGAUGGGCGAACCAUAAAAUUAUGGUCAGGUGGCUUUCUCGUUUCUUUCACUAUUUGGAUCGCUACUUUGUUGCUCGGAGGUCACUUCCAAUCCUUAAUGAAGUUGGGUUGACUUGCUUCCGUGAUUUGGUUUACAACGAACUAAAUGUGAAAGUGAGAGAUGCAGUUAUUUCACUUAUUGAUCAAGAACGUGAAGGAGAGCAGAUUGAUCGAGCUCUAUUAAAGAAUGUAUUAGAUAUAUUUGUUGAAAUUGGAAUGGGGCAAAUGGACCACUAUGAGAAUGAUUUUGAAGCUGCCAUGCUCAAAGACACUGCUGCUUAUUAUUCUCGAAAGGCUUCAAAUUGGAUUCUAGAAGAUUCUUGUCCUGAUUAUAUGCUCAAGGCUGAGGAGUGCUUAAAACGGGAGAAAGAUAGGGUUGCUAAUUACUUGCACUCUAGUAGCGAGCCAAAGUUAUUAGAGAAAGUUCAACAUGAGUUGUUAUCCGUGUAUGCAAACCAACUCCUUGAGAAAGAGCACUCUGGAUGUCAUGCUUUACUCAGAGAUGACAAGGUCGAUGACUUGUCAAGGAUGUUCAGGCUAUUUUCUAAAAUACCUCGAGGAUUAGAUCCUGUUUCCAGUAUAUUUAAGCAGCAUGUUACCACGGAAGGUAUGGCAUUGGUGAAGCAGGCUGAAGACGCAGCUAGUAACAAAAAGGCAGAUAAAAAGGAUAUCGUAGGUCUGCAGGAGCAGGUUUUUGUUCGGAAGGUGAUUGAGCUGCAUGACAAGUACCUGGCUUAUGUGAAUGACUGUUUCCAGAAUCAUACUCUUUUCCACAAGGCUCUUAAGGAGGCUUUUGAGAUCUUUUGCAACAAAGGUGUUGCUGGAAGCUCAAGUGCAGAACUGCUUGCCACUUUUUGUGAUAACAUUCUUAAGAAAGGAGGAAGUGAAAAAUUGAGUGAUGAAGCAAUCGAAGAAACUCUUGAAAAGGUUGUCAAGCUGCUCGCCUAUAUUAGUGACAAAGACUUGUUUGCUGAAUUCUAUAGGAAGAAGCUUGCUCGAAGGCUUCUAUUUGACAAGAGUGCCAAUGAUGACCAUGAGAGAAGUAUUUUGACAAAAUUGAAGCAACAGUGUGGUGGACAGUUUACCUCAAAGAUGGAAGGAAUGGUUACAGAUUUGACACUGGCAAAGGAGAAUCAAACUAGCUUUGAGGAGUAUUUAAGCAAUAAUCCUAAUGCAGACCCUGGAAUAGACUUGACAGUUACAGUUCUGACUACUGGCUUCUGGCCUAGCUACAAAUCUUUUGAUCUCAAUCUUCCAGCAGAAAUGAUCAGGUGCGUUGAAGUUUUCAAAGAAUUUUAUCAAACCAAAACAAAGCACAGAAAACUUACAUGGAUUUACUCCUUGGGUACCUGUAAUAUAAGUGGGAAAUUUGAACCAAAAACGGUGGAGCUGAUUGUUACAACCUACCAGGCUUCGGCAUUGCUGCUUUUUAAUUCCUCGGAUAGACUGAGUUAUUCAGAUAUAAUGACUCAGUUGAACUUAUCAGAUGAUGAUGUUAUUAGACUGCUCCACUCCUUGUCAUGUGCCAAGUACAAGAUUCUAAACAAGGAGCCAAACACAAAAACGAUAUCAUCCUCUGAUUAUUUUGAAUUUAAUUCAAAAUUUACUGACAAAAUGAGGAGGAUUAAGAUCCCUCUUCCUCCUGUGGAUGAGAAGAAAAAAGUGAUUGAGGAUGUUGACAAGGACAGAAGAUAUGCUAUUGAUGCUUCAAUUGUGCGUAUUAUGAAGAGUCGGAAAGUUUUGGGCUACCAACAGUUAGUUAUGGAGUGUGUUGAGCAGUUGGGUCGCAUGUUUAAGCCUGAUGUCAAGGCAAUUAAAAAGCGGAUUGAAGAUUUGAUUUCUCGAGACUACUUGGAAAGAGAUAAAGAUAACGCAAAUUUGUUCAAGUACUUGGCUUGAUGUGGUCGUAACGACUGUGCAAAUGAAGUAAACUGCAAAUAGAAAAACAAGAGGAUCAUGCUUGAACGUUUGCAGAAAAAAAAAAACAAUUCUUCCUAGAAAUUUCUUUGAAGGGGGAGCUGGGAGUGGUUGUACAUUUUGGCUCCAUAUCCAGGUAUGGACUACUACUGUAGAUGUGUGUUCAUGUUGGAACAAUUGUAAUCAAUUCCAUAAGUAGGUCCAGCUCACUGGUAACUUCCCCACCUUUUUUUGCUUUUGAUUGCUGCACUUCCAUCUCAUAUAACUUAUUUGAUGACCCCCCCACCCCACAAAAAAAAAAAAAAGGAUUGUGUAACUGAAGCUCCAGUGAAAUUGUAAUUUGAUUGUCAGCUUUGAAAUCUCAGGUGAAUGGUAUGUCUUUUAAAUCAAAACCUUACAGCUAUGGUGCUCUACGUUAAUUGUCUAUGAUCAUAUUGCCCAACGACAUCUACUUCAUUUUGUAGUGUCUAUGACAUCUGAAAUCUGUUUGAGGAUGAUUGUUGCAAGAUUUUAAGAUUAUAUCUGUCUUACCGGUGAAUGCUUUAUGUAAUUGUGGGUAUGGCAGAAUGGGUAUGGAUCUUUACUUUUGCAUUCACAUUACGGGAUAUCAUGUGACUCAUGAAAUUAUCAUUCCAGAUUAUUUUUAUUUUUUUGCAAAUCCGUUGUAAAUAUUAUCCUCUCUUUUGUUCUGUGACAAUGAAAAAAAAGAUUCUGAAAAUUGAAAAGGAUUUGGCUGAAGCACACUUCAGUGAUGUUACAUGAUCCGUCCAAACACUGUUAUGAAUCUUGGCACUCCAUAAUAUUACAGUCCUGAAUCAUGUGCUUAUCUAUGCAUGAAAGCAUUACUUGCCAGCUUUUACAAAUUCUUUUCAAAUAUGUCAAGAUGAACAUUAGUUAUUGGGCUUCUUUGAUUGUUGGCCUAUAUUUUUAAAUUUGACAUGGAUGUUUUUGGUUUGGAGUUUGGUCUGUAUAUGAAUUUGAUUGAACUUCAUCCAACAACCCACCCAAAUAAUAAUAAUAAUAAUAGUAAUAAAGAAAAAACAUUUUUUGUUGAAUUCAAAUCAAGCUUGAAUAUAGGUAUGUUAUCAUUAUUGAAGCAGGUAUUUUAGUUCGCAGUUUAUAAUUAAUAUGUGAAGCUAAAUGAUUAUAUUAUUUUAUAUUUGAAACAAACUAUUAUAGCUCAGACAGACGCCUUUAUUACAAAUUGCAAGUCGCAAAUGCUUUUUUUUUUUUACUCUAUUUGGCAUUGUUAAUUAAAAUGAAUUCGAACUUAAUAUUCUAAAUCAAUCUGAUAUUGAUUUGAAGUUUUAGAAAAGUUAGCCAAAUCUAACUCUAGUUUCAAACAUGAAUUUCGCUACUUUGGUUCAAUUUGAUUCCCUACGUAUGGUGCUUGAACGAUUAAGGCAUUUAGCAUGCAAUUUGAUCUCCGGUUUUGGUCU